AUGGCCACAGCAGCACAGACAAAGCAGCAACAACAGCCAACCCUCCAACCGGAGGAGUACUCCGAAGCUGAUUAUGAUACUGACGACUACGAAUACUCCGACGAUGAUGAAUUCGCACCUCAAACUCAAAAAGUGAGCCAGAAAACACAGCCGCGAAAACAACAACAACAACAGCGCAGGACACAAAAAGACGACUACGUUGACGAUGACGACGAUGAUUAUACCUCCGACGAGCUGUACUCUGACGAGUACUCCGACGACGAUGAUUAUGACGAUGCCAACGGCACCCAAGACAAUGCCGUGCAGCCAUACCAAUCAGGCAGACCGUCGAUAACCAACAAUCAUAUCUCCGGGGGAAACAUUGAUACCGCUGAGGGAAAGGGCAAGAGCAUAGAUGAUGAGGAAGGGAUGAAGCUCAAAUUGGAUUUGAAUCUGGAGAUUGAGGUUGAGCUUAAAGCGCAGAUUCAUGGCGAUAUCACUUUGGCUUUACUGUAA